AUGUAUAGCAGCCUUCUCCUACUGUCCAUGAGCAAGGUUAUAAAAUCAGGUGGUGACCCAGUGGGAUCAAUGGGGACGUUAAAAAGGCUGCAGAGACUUAUGUGGACCAAGAAAGCCAAGGUGCAGAGCCUGGAUGAGGCGAAACCACCGCUAAUAAAUCUCCAAGACGGUGAUGACACAUUCCUUUCCUGUAUGAAGCUAACCAAAUCACAAGAAAAGAAAGCUGAUCACAUGUUCAUGAUGAAGACAGAAGUUGAUACGAGUUUGGCCUCACUUUCUGCAUCCCGGGACAGACACAGCAUUCCUGGUGGAUGGAAGUUGGAAGGCAUAUUACCUCCUUGCGAAGGGGAAGUUCCAGUGAGGAACAGCUGGAUGCCUUUGGCAGAAAACCCACCCUGGGCAUAUGCUGAUACUCAAAUAGCCCAAGCUGGACGCUGGGGCGACUGCUGCUCUUGUACUCACCACCCCCGACUCAAGUCCUCCCACACCGAUGGGGAUCUCUUCCAUUCCUGGCGCAGCAGUAGUUUUGGGAAUUUUGACCGUUUUCGUAAUAAUUCCAUAUCAAAACAAGAUGAUUCAACAGAGGACCAUGAGGGGAAAGCAAUGAAUGAAAAUGAAGAACAAAACAAAACUUCAAAUAAUGGAGGCAGUCUAGGGAAAAAAAUGAGGGGCAUUUCAUGGACAAUGAAGAAAAAAGUGGGGAAAAAGUACAUCAAAGCUCUUUCUGAGGAAAAGGAUGAAGAAAAUGGACAAGAUGCCCCCCCCUGUCGAAACAGUGACCCCAUGAUUGGAACCCACCCAGAGAAGGUCUCCCUCAAAGCCAGUGAUUCCAUGGAUAGUCUUUACAGUGGGAAGAGCUCUUCAAGUGGAAUAACAAGCUGCUCUGAUGGUACAAGUAACCGGGACAGCUUUCGACUGGAUGAUGACAGCCCCUACUCAGGACCAUUCUGUGGCCGUGCCAGAGUGCACACAGACUUCACACCAAGUCCCUAUGACACUGACUCCCUCAAAAUCAAGAAAGGAGAUGUCAUAGACAUUAUCUACAAAACGCCAAUGGGGAUGUGGACGGGAAUGUUGAACAAUAAGGUGGGAAACUUCAAGUUUAUUUAUGUGGAUAUCCUCUCAGAAGAGGAAGCGGCCCCCAAGAAAAUAAGGUCCCACCGAAACAGUCAAAGAGAAAAACCAAAGAGUCUACACGAGUUCUUAGAGAGGAUUCAACUUCAGGAAUAUACCUCAACACUUUUACUCAAUGGUUAUGAGACCCUAGAAGAUUUAAAGCAUAUUAAAGAAAGUCAUCUCAUUGAAUUAAACAUUGCAAACCCAGAAGACAGGAUGAGGUUACUCUCUGCUGCUGAAAAUGCCCUUGAUGAAGAGGCUACCGAAGAGGCAGAAGAAGCAGCUGUGCCUGUACCCUUAAGUCCAGACAUCAGAAGUAAGUCACAGUUAGAUGAAUGCCCAAGGGACUCUGGAUGUUACAGCUCAUCAGGAAAUUCAGAUAAUGGCAAAGAAGACCUGGAGUCUGAAAAUCUGUCUGACAUGGUGCAGAAGAUGGCUGUCACAGAGCCAAAUGACUGAGAAAACAUUGAUAAUCCAACAACUAUGCAUGCCAUCCAUUUGAACAGACGGCAGGCGAAAG